CAAAAUAAAUGAAGGUUUGACAUUAAUGACAGCUGUCACUCCUUAUGUAAUUCGAAGCCGUUUCAGCUACGUAGUAAAACGAUAGAAAAAGUUGUAUUCUUUUAAGCCAGUCUAAGGCACAAAUUUUGAGAUACGUUCUAAAACACAUAAAUUAAAUUUGAAAUAUGUUCUUAAAAUUAGUACACAUACUCGUUGAUGAAUUACAGCAAAACAUAACUAUUUCUAUAUAGUUAAAAAACUAAUUAUUUUUAGUUACAUACAUAAGCAUUUUGUAACCUGCCCCUGACCCACGCAUUGUCACUUGUCAUGGGACUUGCCUGCAUGUCAUUUAUGCGAUGAUUGGUGAAUGUCAUUCAACUUUCACACUGUGAUCCAUAUUGUUUGUAAUUAACGAUUUGUGUGAUCGCGUAUUAUAUGGUUUAGUGGGCUGAACAUGGCGCAGUGGGAAGGUUUCGGCGUGUCGGUGCGCUGCGGGUCGCCAUUGGGCUGUUACCAGGGCACGAUCCUCGCGGCUGAUGGAGCGUCCAUCACGCUUACCAAACCGUUUCGCAACGGAUUCCCUUAUCCUAAGGCUCAGGUUACGCUAAAGGCAUCAGACAUUAAAUCCCUAGAAAUAAUCUCUGGCAAGACAUCAGGUGGUACAGCCCACAGCACAGUCCCCGUAGUGGGCAAAAAGCGAGUGCCACGGGCAACAGUUGGAGAGAGCUUACAAGAACAGGCUCCAGCGCCACCACCGCCGGUCGUUAAUAAGGGGAAGCCGGCGAGGAGCAAGCCUAUUGAUAUACAGGCUAAGAAUAGGAACAACACGCAUGCUGGGAGCUAUAGUGCCUCCGGCUCGACCCCGAAGGCUCGCAUGGCGGGUGGUGACAAGGCCCGUCGUAGGAAUGAGGCAUGCUUUGGCUCUGCUGCUUUGGAAGCAGUUGACAAUGACUUUGACUUUGAGGGGAACUUAGCACUUUUUGAUAAAGAGGCGCUCUGGCAACAAAUGCGCCCCGACGUCGUUCGCGUUGCUGCCGCCCGCGACGAAAUGGCUGCCGGCGGCAAGCUGCGACACGACCAGAACGUGCUCCGGACAUCCGCGCCGGACACCGUCCCUGUCACCGUACCGCCAGCGUUAAGAGGCGCUAGAGACUACGUCACUGAUUCCGGGACAAGGUUACCCAGUGUAUCAGCAGCUUUAAGAGGAAGAUUGUGGGCUGGAUUGAGAAGGACGGAUGAUGAGACGCAGCAUACAGCGCGAGCGCUAUUCGCGCGAGCGACCGCUGAUGUGGCGUUGAAACUUGUCGGUGGGACUCGCAGAUUGGACCCGCGCAACGCGCACCAGCGGCCGUGCGCCGGCGUGGUGGCGGGCGGCGGGCCGGCCGGCGCCGCCGCCGUGUGCGCGGCGCGCCUGCUGCGCGCGCACGGCGUCGACACCUACGUCGUGCCGCUCGACGACACGUGUCCGUUAGUGACAAGCGCGCUGUCGGCCUACCGGCUGAGCGGCGGCGGCGUGCUGGCGCCCGCGGCCGCGCGCCCGGCGGGGGACCUGCUGCUGCUGGCCCUGCACGACCCGGAGACGGCCGCGCAGCACCCGAGCACUCCCCAAGUGCUCGAGUGGGCGUGCGCGUCGCGCGGCGCGCUCGUGCUGCUGGAGCCGGGCGGCGCCGAGCGCGGCGCGUGGGGCGCGGCGCUGCUGGCCGCGCGCGCCGCGCUCGUCGCGCUGCUGCCGCCGGCCCUCUCCGCCGCCGCGCCGCGCCUGCUGCUGGCCAACGUGGCGCCGCCUGCGCAGCUGUUCGGCGCGGUGGGCGUGGCCUACAGAUCGCCUUUUGGCGCUGCGUCGGUGCUGGCGCUGCAUUUGGCCGAUGAUGAUGAUUGAUAAAUCUACUUUAUAGAGCUACAUUCAUAAUAUAUGUGACGUACACUCCUUUUCAAUGAAAACGGGGUCAUUUUAUGUAGAAUACACAUAUAAAUGACUCUUUUUAAUAAUAAAAUCCAGUUUAAACAGAUUUUUGGCAUAGAAGAACCGGACAUUGACGAUAUUGUUCUUAAAAAUGACUAUUUUAUUACACGGACAAAAUCGGGAUAUUUUAAAUGACAUUUAACGUGUCACAUUUUUUUUGUAUUUCUGAAGUAAACUAAUAUCUGUAGCAUUUUACAUUGAAAAAUGCAACUUGUAACCUAUAUAGUUCUACCGUUGGUUAAUGUGGCGCCGCCUGCGUAGCUUGGCGCGGUGGGCGUGUACUAUAGAUCGCCUUUUGGCGCUACAUUUGGUUGUUGAUGAUGAUUGAUUUUUUGUAUUUAUUUAAAAAUCGUAAUGAACUUAACACAUUCACUGCCAGACAAAAAACGGCGCACUACCCCAGAAACCGAUGGUCUAUAGCUGCGUACAAAACAACCCGCCCAGCGGGUUGUCCGGCAUCUGAACUAAGUUCACGAGCGCCCACCAGGUGGGUUCCCGGCAGUGAAUGUGUUAAAAUACACCCGAGAACAAUGGAAAUUUGUCAUUUUGUGAAAAUGUCCCACACAAAAAUGAAUUCUAUGAAUGAAAUUCUAAUUGAAAUACUCCUAUAAGACAUUAAAAUAUUAAAAAUAAGUUGGGAAGUUUAAAUUCAUACAAAAUGACAACGUUUUCAUUGAUCGUAUGUGUAUUACAUUGUAAUGUAGACAGGUUUUGUUAUAGGAGAACCGGACUUUGUCAACAUCCUAGACCUAGACGAUAUUGUUUUGAAACGAGACUAUUUUAUUAUACGGACAGAAUCACGACAUUUUAAGCGACAUUUAAAGUGUAUUUUUUGUGUAGCAUUUUACAUUAAAAAGUGAAAUUAGUGAUCUACAUACUACAUAGCUAUAUAAAUAACUAAACAAGUAUCUACUAUUGGCUUAUGUGGCGCCGCCUACGCAGCUAUUUGGCGCAGUGGGCGUGGCCUAAAAAUAGCUUUUUGGCGCUACGUCCGCCGAUGAUGAUUGAUGAUAUCUACUAAACUAAACAUUUUUACAGAAAUUGACUAAAUCCCACGAAUGUCUUGAAAUAUAGUCUUUAGCAAUGAAAAAGGAACAUUUUGUGAAGAAUCCGUCUAAAAAUAAUUGUUUAAACUGUAAAGUAAAAUUAUAGAAAACGGGUCGCUGAGGUAGUCAACAUUAAUGCCCUUGAAAUUUGAAUAAGCGUAAAAGCAAUGAAAGCGGAUUGUUUUGUGUAGAAUUUUCAUACAAAGUGACCCAUUUUAAUUGCUCUAGAAUGUACAUAUAAUGUACUUUUAGACUUCUUAUUAGAAAGGCAGACUUAUGGCUGAACCGGACAGUGAUUGCGUUAACAUUUUGAACGCUUUAUGUCAUAAACACAAACUUCACUCAAACGCCAAGCUCUCGGGCGCAAAGGUGCUAAUGUAAACCUUACGCGAAAGUGUGAAGGUUACUUUGACAGCGUCCGCCAUGACAACCGUAGGUGUCCUUGGCGCUGUGGGCACUAGUAACGCCUUUAGGUGUUCUUGGCAUUCAAAAAGUUAUAUGGCGGACAAUGAUGAUUUUUUGUUAAGAAGUUUAACGCGAACAAACUAUAGGCUAUUAUAUUCUGCCUACAGAAAACAAAAUUAUUUUUAUUUUAUGAAAAUAUUUUAAUUAGUUUUAUUUGAAGUUGACCUACCUACUAUAUAAAUAGGGUUGUUUCCAUCUACAAAUCUUAGGGCAGAAUUGUAUCCCAAUAAAUUCUUUUGGAUUAUAAGAACAUGUUAAACUACUUUUAGGGGACCUGUAAUGACCAUAUUUUUGUAAAUGGGUGAAUCAACUUUUUUUGUUUCGUUAUUCUGUCCCGUUGUCCAAGGGACAACAGUGGCACAGUUUGUUUGAAGAGACGUUGUAUGCCGUUCUAUUAACAUGCUUAGUAGGGGGCCCUUUAUAGACAUUGGUUAUAACGACCACAAAAACGCAAGUUUGAUACAUUGAAGUACCAUAAAAUCAGUAUUUCAAUGAACUUUUGUCCCCUGGACAACUAAUCGUAACCAUGGCAACGAGUGACGCUAAAAAGUUGAUUCUCCCAAAUUGUGAAUUAAAAAAAUAUCUGGUGGCACACGUCACGUGACCAAACUCGAAACGUCAUUGAAGAUUCUGAUGACGUCACAACUCUCGGAUUGACACUGUUGACAAUUAGGCGAUAAACAACAAAUGACAAAUGUCAGUUGACAGUUCGUAUCUUCUAUGUGUGUAUGUAGUUAUGUGUCAACCGUAAACUGUGACGUCACACAAUUUUCAAAGAGCGUUUUGGGCGCGAAAGCAUCUGUCAAAAUAUAUGUUGUUAAUUUAACAUUUAAAGCCGUUUUUAGUAUAAAAUUUGAAUUUUAGGGCAACUUUUAGUUAAUAUAGAACGUAAUACAAGCGUUUCAAAAAAUUGGAAACAUCCCUAUUGUAAACGGAAAUAUGUCAUAUAGGAAAGAAAAGGUGACUAAAUACAAAUGAAAUUGUGAUAAUAAUAAUACAGGAGAAUCCAAGGUGUUUUCCAAUAUAGAUAUCUAUUUUCCCACAUUUUUUAUACUACAUCGGUGGCAAACAAGCAUACGGCCGCCUAAUGGUAAGCAAUUUCAGUAGCCUAUGUACGCCUGCAACUCCAGAGGAGUCACAUGCGCGUUGCCGACCCUAACACUCACAUUGCAAAUGGUUCUCAAAAGAGUUGUGUUUCUAAUUACCAUUAAUAGCCAUUUGGUCUAAUCCAAUGCACACUCCCGCCACUCUGUACAAAAUGCAUAAAGGUCGUCCCGCCAUCUCCGUUUUGGUCUUUUUCUGCCCCGAGAUCCAUCCCGUGGGACCCUAGCUAGUUUACAAAAUUACUAAAUACAAAAAUACUUACCUAUACUUUUCUUGUGUUACGUUUACAGUACCUAACUCUUUUGAGUAAGACCGUCUACUAUAAUAAAGUAAAAAUGAUUUGUAUCCUACUUUUUUUUUAUACGUAUUUUGUAUUCACUGCCAUUUCGGAGUCCGCAGCAAACGGAGUUUCGUGCUCAUUUUAAAACUACGAGUUGGAUUAUAAUUACUCUUUACGCAUACAUGAGGUAUAUCUAUGCUUGUAAUUAUAGUCUGUCAAGCACAGUAUGUCAGUAGUACGCAAAGUGAAGUAGGGCAACACUCAAAAAGCAGUAUUGCGUUGGUAAGAAAAGCAGCUAUGUACAUCGAACCAAAACAUGUAAUUAUCAUAACCUCAAAUUUUACAAAUAUUUACGAACAACGAGCGUGAUUGUAUAUUGUACGCACCUUGACUUUACUCAAGUUCAUGCACAAGCUUAUUUAAUAUAUUGAAUAGAAUAGAAUAGAAGAAAUUUAUUCAGAAAACGCUUAAGUUUAGGUAAUACAUGAGACGACAGAAUCAAUUUAUUAUUAAGCGUCACUGAAAA